GGUAGAAAAUAACAUAAUACUGAAAGGAAAGGUGUGUGAAUGAGAAGAAGGGAGGAACGAGAGGAGGAGGACCUUAGAAGCGAUACAAAGCGUUACAGGUCAAAAGAAGAAGAAGAAGAAGCAAGGCGGCGUCAGGAUGGCUGUACCGGGCGUCCUUAUGUGUUAGGUACUGGAUGCAUGAUGCCCCUGGUGGACCCUCGCAGGGCCUCUAGCCAAUCCGAAACAGAGUGUGUGGUGCCGAGAGCCAGCCUCCUCCCCCUCCCCCUCACCCACCACCACCGCCUCCCCAAGCUGCCGCCGCCCCAGAGCAGUGAGGUUGGCAGGACCGAGGCAGCCCGCACCAGACCAGCGGACCCCAAGAAUCACCCUAAGAAGACAGAGACUCAGAUAACCUCCAAAGACCAACAGCACCAGCAGCACCAGCACCACCAGCAGCCUCUAGUACAGCAGCAGCUGAGCCAGAGUGAGCCCGGCCGCCCCGACCAGACUGCAGGGAAGGACACCCCACACGCCCACGCCCACAAAGGGUGCGUUGUCCGAGGCGUCGCUGGGCCGAGACACGAGGGCAAGGGUGGUAAGGGUGAGAGCUGGGACCCGCAGCGCCUCGAGGAGGAGAGUGAGCUUGCCCUGGAGCGUCGGCGGCAGAAGCUGACGCAGGAGCUCAUGAGAGAGAUGGCGGGCGACUCCCACCACCACAUGACCUCCGUGGAUAAGAAGAUGCAUGGCCAGCACCAGCACAGCCAUCGCCGGAACCCCUCCUCCUCCAGCAGCUCCUCCUCCUCCUCCACCUCUUCCUCCUCCUCCUCCUCCACCUCCUCCUCCUCAGACUCCUCCCCGCACCGCUCGGGCUACAAGAAGGAGAGCAAGCGCAAGUCCCGGCCCAGUAAGCGUCUGCCCUCCACCAGCGACCGCUCCAAGAUGAAGAAGAUUAAGUCCUCCUCGUCGCUGCGCAAGCACAGCAGCAGCAGCAGCAAGGCGGGCAAGAAGAGUCACCCCAGCAAGAAGGACCAUGACAAGCUGCACAGCCACAGCCACGGACACAGCCACAAGAGCAGCCACUCACCCACACGCCGGAAGACGCUCUCCAAGAAGCUCCUCUCCCCCGGCCGCAAGCGCACGCCCUCACCCUCUCCCUCCUCGCGCAAGACCCACAAGCUCUCCCCCGGCAGGUCGAAGAGGAGCAAGA